AUGAAGAGUUUAACUAUUUUUUGUUUCUUGUCCGUCUUGGUGAGUUUGGUUACUGGAGAAGAACUGCAGGAUGACUAUAAACUUACAAUUUUUGGGCCAAGUCUGCAGAAUUUAACUAUGGUAUGUACCAAUAAUGAGCAGUGCAAUGCACAAUUUAAGGAUUCUCUAUGUUCGAGUGGAAAGUGUUAUUGCCGUAAAUCUGAAAAUUCGGAUACAGUUCCGUUCCUUUGUACAUUGGAUAAUGCUAUUAAUAUAACUACUAAGAACUUUGGCGUUAUUGGGCGUAAAUGCAAAGACGAUGCCGAUUGUGGUUUUGAGAAUAGUCAUUGCAACAAGACACAUCAAUGUUACUGCAAUUCGGGAUUUACCGAGGACACUGGAAAGCAUAAAUGUUUAAUAGUUGUUAAGAACAUAAAUGGAUCGUGUAAGGAUAACAUGCAGUGUCUCGCUUCAUUCCAUCAUUCAACCUGCAAAGAUAAUCAAUGUACUUGUGAAAAUGGAUUCUACUUCGAUCAAACGUUAAAUCAAUGUGCUCUGAGUUCAGAUGCUGAUUCAAUAUUCUCCAUGUCAGCCACAACAAUAAUUUUACUAGUUUCCUCUCUGUUAAUAUGUUUUCAAUAG